UUUAAUACUUGUUUACAGACUGAUAUUUUCAGGCCGUAAAAUAAUUUUUGACCUCGUGUUUUGAAAUUUCCUAUUUGCAAUUAAGGCUGUUCUUUUUUUUUCAAUAUUAAUAUUAUAGUUCAAAUGUUAUUUUAUUUUUAAGUAGACUUAUUUUUUAUAGAUAUUUAUAAACCUCCAUUAAACCCUGUUAAAAAUGGAUGCCUUUAUGAUGAUACAGCGCAAAAAGGUAACCAUAUUCACGGACGCUAAAGACAACAUUUUGGUUCAUGAACUCAAAAAAAUGAUCUCUCGUAUAUUAAAAGUAGCACCUCAAAAUCAACAACUAUUUUACAAAGAUGAGAUUAUGGACGAAAACAAAACUUUAUCAGAUUGUGGUUUAAAUGCCACUAUUGCUAAGGCACAAAGUCCAGCUCUGGUUGGCUUAGCAUUAAGAAUGGAUGAUGGAGAGUUUGAGCCAUUAGAAUUGAUCCCAUAUUCAUCACCACCUGAAUUGCCGUAUGUUAUGAAAAAUCAAGAAACAAAUGGUCAAGAACCACCUAUGUAAACAAAAUUCAUAAAAUGUCUGGCUCCAUAUGGGUUUUUUUUUUUUAAUGGUUUUCAAAAAAGUAAAAUUAGUAUCUCA